AUGUAUCUCUCAUUCUUUACUCUGUUCUCCCUCGUCUCCCUCCUCCCAUUCAGUUUCUCCUCCCCCAUCCAAUCUCCCUCCAACCUCACCCAACCCACCACCCCCCUCUCCCCCCGCGCCAAUCCCCUCCCCGGAACCUGUCCCCACCGCCACCUCCCCACCGAAUCCAGCUACUACAGCGCCAUCCACGCCUUCUGCGACGCCGCCCUCAAACCCAAAGGCAGCAACAUCCACCCCAACAACCCCAUCACCAUGACCGUCUUCCUCACCGCCUUCGACAACAAACCCAUCUCCUGGGUAUUCAAAAUUUCCACCCGCAACAGCAUGGGCUGGGGCCAUGUCACGCGUGAAAAGUGCUUUUACAAGUUUGAGAGCAUGCUGACGAGUGAGUAUGCGGGCGGGCUGGGCAAGGCGUAUUGUGUUAUGGACGGGACGGGGGGGGAUAAGGUUGGGAGAGAGGGGAUGAGUGGGGAGGGCGUGGUGGGGGUGAUGGGGGGGAAGGUUACGGAUCCUGAGGAGGAUGGGUCGGGGAAUAGGUAUACGUGGGAGAUGAGGCAGAAGUUGGAUGAUAAGCAUGGGGAGUAG